AUGGAUGACUACAAUGUCGUGCUAGGAAUAGAGUUCGUGGACAAGGUAAAGGCAUUUCCCAUUGCAUUUUACAAUACUAUGUGCAUUGCACAGGGUGCAGCAGUGCCAUGCAUGGUGCCAGUGGUAAGGCAACAAGGCGAGUCGAAGCUCUUGUCAGCCAGGCAACUUUCCAAGUCUUGUAAGAAGGGCGAACCGACGUUCCUUGCAACCAUGAAGAUGGACACAAUUGAGAAGGAAGUCCAACCAGUCCCAAAAGCUGUGGAGGCAAUCCUUAAGGAGCUACCCAAAACCUUACCACCUAUGAGAGAGGUGGAUCAUGCCAUUGAGUUGGAACUGGGUGCCAAACCCCCUGCCAAAGCGUCGUACCCGAUGGCACCUCCUGAGUUGGAGGAAUUGAGAAGGCAGUUGAAGCAGUUGUUGGAUGCUGGGUACAUCCAAUCGUCCAAGGCCCCUUAUGGUGCCUCAGUUCUUUUCCAGAAGAAGAGGGAGGGAACACUGAGGUUCUGCAUCGACUACAAGGCGUUAAACAAGGUACUUCACCAAGUUGGACCUGCGCUCGGGAUACUAUCAAGCAAGGAUUGCACUGGGAGACGAACCGAAGACCGCAUGUGUGACGAGAUAUGGGAUGGACACCCAUUGGCUUUCGAGAGUCAGAAGCUCAAUGACACGGAGCGGAGGUAUACCGUUCAAGAGAAGGAGAUGACAGCCAUAGUGCACUACUUGCAAACUUGUAGGCACUACUUGCUGGGUUCUCAGUUCAUGGUCAAGAUUGACAAUGUUGCCACAAGCUACUUUCAGUCCCAACACAAGUUGUCACCCAAGCAAGCUAGGUGGCAAGACUUCUUGGUGAAGUUUGACUACAAAAUGGAGUACAAGCAAGGGAAGACGAAUUUCUUUGCCGAUGCCCUAAGCAGGAAGGCCACACUAGCAGCUGUUGUACAACCCUAG